GGUUAGCCUAGCAGACAUGCUCUAAUAAAGCGGAUACAAACACAAUAACCAAUGCUGUUAAUGUGGGGCCCACACCGGUUGAAGAAUGAAGACAGACAAUAAACUUUAUUUUUUAAAUUUUGAAUAAAUCAAAUUUUAAAAACCAUCGCCGAAAAUCCUCUCACUUUCAUCGCCGUAUAUUUACCCUAUCACCGGUUUCUCUCCCUUUCCACUUUCUCCUUCCUUCAUUGUUCUUCCAAAGAGAGAGAAACCAAACCUUCGAAACCCUAGCUAUGGUGGAGCUUUAAUCUUCUCAUAUUCAUUUCGCAAUUUUCAUUCAUCAAUCUACAUUUUGAUUACGACCGUCAAUGGGAAAUUCCACGUCUUAUUUUUCAAUUUCGAUUUUGACGGUUUUCUUCACUGCUAGGGUUUCGAUUACUUCACGAUCGCAGAUCGCUCGCGAUCCUCCAUAAUAAACCAGGCGGUCGUUUAAUUCUUUCGUUAAUUAAUUAAUUGAUUAAUCCAGUCUUUAUUGUUGAUUAAUAUUGUUUUUUGGUAGUUUAAGUAAUUAUUGUUGUUGCUGUGGAGAAGAUAUUAUAAAUUUUAUGGCGGGGAUGGAGAGUUUGCGGAGGUGUUUGAAAACGGUGUUUUUCAUGUUAGCAAUGGUGGCGUCAUUAUUGGUACAGUGCUUGCCGUUGUUGGUAGCCGUUGGAGAUGUGUUGGUACCUUGUAUUUUGGUUUCCAGCUUCACCUGUUUUAGAUGCUAUGGUUUUAAACAACAUCUUCAUCGAUACGCUUUCAAAAGCUCGCUUAUUGAUAUCCCUCUCGUUUCUGUACUCAGAUCUCUCCUGAUUACUUGUGUAUAUUCUCUCUCUGAUGCUCCUGCUCUUUCUCAUGGACCAUAUCUUGGAAUAGUGACACUAUGCUCCCUUUCUUCUGUUCUCCUCCUAUCAGUGAAGGCCUGUGUUUUUUCUGCAAAUUUCUCAAUGGAAGGUGAAGCUUCACAUUCUAUAUCAAGGCAUAUACUCCAUUUAAAAAAGUCUUGGGGAAUGCCUGUUAUGUUUUUGUCAUCUGUAGUUCUUGCUCUUGGCCAUAUGGUGAUUGCCUACCGUAUUUGCUGCAAGGCAAGGAGGAAGCUUCUAUUUCAUCGUGUUGACCCGGAGAUGGUUCUGUCCUGCAAAAGUUUGCUUUCUUCCUAUCAGAAGCUUCCACGGUCUCCUGUCCCGUCCACAGCAAAGACUCUCUCUAAAAGUGACAAUGAGACGAGGAGGAAACUUUAUGGUCUUGCUCGUUAUGAAGGUGUCUUGCCGGUCAGAUUACUUGCUGAGAUUGACAGUCUAUUCACAACUUGUGGAGGGUUUACACUGCAUUAUAAGAUUAGUAUGCCUUGCUCUCCUCCUCGCUCCUUAUCAUCCACAACCUUCGUCGAACCCAGUAGAAGCUGCAGUCCCGAGCUGUGCGUUGAUUGGGUGAAAGUAGAUCGGCCUAUGAGUGCUCUAACAAAACCCCAACAUAACCUGUCAAGAAGCUACAGUAAUCAAUUCUAUUCAUCUUCUUUAUUUGACCCAUUGCUAGAAAAUUUGGGAUGUUCUUCUGUUUCGUCGGAUGGAAUUCCUCUAUUCAGCCUUGAUGCUCUGGAUGACAAGGAUGAUGUAUGUGAUUUGAGCCCUUUAAAACUGGAUAUAGAGGCUAAUGGUGAGUGUGGUAUCGUCCUGGUGCAUGGAUUUGGUGGUGGAGUUUUCUCAUGGAGGCAUGUGAUGAGUACACUGGCAAGCCAAGUAGGUUGCCCUGUAGCAGCAUUUGAUCGUCCUGGGUGGGGUUUGACUCCCAGGAUAGAAAGGAAGCAUUGGGAAAAUAAACAAUUGCCGAAUCCCUACAGGCUUGAUACUCAGGUGGACCUACUUAUUUCAUUUUGUUCUGAAAUGGGGUUUUCUUCGGUGAUACUUGUUGGGCAUGAUGAUGGUGGCUUGCUUGCAUUAAGGGCAGCAGAAAGAGUAAACAUAUCUGGGAGUUCUGCAAAUGUUGCUGUCAAUGCUGUGGUUUUGCUGAAUGCAGAGUUCUCCAGAGAUGUAGUUCCUUCCUUUGCAAGAAUACUUUUGCGUACUUCAUUGGGGAAGAAACAGUUAGUUCAGCCACUACUCAGAACAGAAAUUACACAAGUGGUUAAUCGGCGUGCAUGGUAUGAUGCUACCAAGCUGACAACAGAAGUCUUGAACCUGUACAAGGCACCUCUGUGUGUGGAAGGUUGGGAUGAGGCACUACAUGAAAUUGGUAAGCUUUCUGGUGAAACAGUUCUACCAUCGGAAAGAGCAUCAUCACUGGUGAAAGCAGUCCAAGAUUUGCCCAUAUUGGUUGUCACUGGAGCUGAAGAUGCACUUGUGCCUUUAAGAUCUGCUCAAACUAUGGCUUCUAAAUUUGUAGAUUCUAGAUUAGUUGCGAUAUCAGGAUGUGGCCAUCUCCCACACGAGGAAUGCCCCAAGGCUUUGCUUGCAGCUGUGUCUCCUUUCAUUUGCCAAGUUCUAUGUGGGACUCAAAGGGUAGGUCCAUGGGCAAAUUUUUCACUUGCUAGUAGCAAUUGCGAAGAAGGAACUUUGAGAAGUUGAGGUGAGGAAAAAGUGAUCUUAUGUUUUCACUCCUAUUUUUUCCAAAUUCAGAAGAACUUGGUGUAUCCUAAAGGAAAAGAAAUUGGAUUAUCUGGUUUUCCUCCUCCAUUUCGCACAUCCAUAAUCUCAUGAAGGAAAAUGGAAGAACAUUCACUGUCCUACAAUCCUUUUCUAAAAAUCCUUGUAUCCAAACACAGUGUCAGCAUUGAUUUGGAGGAUAAUCCUCUUCCUUUGGGCAGCCUGCCUUCAGCAUUGACAGUGAAGUACUGAAGUGUGUUCCUCUUUCCUCGAUUGUAGUAUAACAAGGUUUGAACUUCACUUUAAACUCGAAGGAGUCGUAGUUAUUGGUGGAGCUCUAUGUAAAUUCUUGAUGUUUUUUUGAAAUAUUUUUAAUUAGAAGGUUGUUAAGGUGUAAGAUUGUUGUUGGUUGUUGGUUGUUAGUUGUUGGCUACCAAAGGGUUAGACAAUGACGGAAGUUGUACACAUCAUUUUACAGUCCUAGAGUUUAAAGAAAAUUUUGUUCAUCUUUUCCUGAAUUUAUUGCAGUGUAUUGUUCUUUGACGUUCAGUUUGUAAUUAUUGACCUUUUUGUUGAAUUUUUUUGUUUUUACGUCCUAAAGUU